GCCAGGUAUCAUGUUGUUGUUGGCCGUUUAGACCCACCUUAAACUGACUAACCUCGGUACCUCCUUCGAACGACGCAUUGUCAAAUUUUCUCCACCCCUUCCUCUUCCAUCAUGUUUGACUCCCGACUCGCUCAACGCUCCUCGUCAGAGCACUCAGAGCGAUCCGGCGAGGAGGAGGACGCCCUUUUAACUGGUCAGCCGACAAACCGUAAUGGAGAACGCCAUCGUUCACUAUUGCGUGAACUCGGGCUCUUCGCCUGGGCGGUCAUCGCAACUGUCGCGGUAAUCACGCUAGGUGUUUUGUACCAACACCAAACCCAAAAUAAACUGAAGCUUGAUCCUGGCACGAACCCAUCAGGGAAGAGGAAUCUCAUAUUUAUGGUAUCAGAUGGGAUGGGCCCAGCUAGUUUAUCCCUGACGCGAAGUUUCCGACAAUUCGAAAGCAAACUGCCUAUGGACGAUAUUCUUGUUCUCGACCAGCACCACAUAGGUUCAUCAAGAACCCGAUCCUCAUCCAGUCUCGUUACUGACUCUGCGGCCGGUGCGACUGCGUUCUCGUGUGGGAUGAAAAGCUACAAUGGCGCAAUUUCUGUCCUUCCGGAUAAAUCCCCGUGUGGUACCAUUCUGGAGGCAGCGAAAUUAGCCGGUUAUAUGACUGGUUUAGUCGUAACGACCCGCGUUACUGAUGCUACGCCGGCUUGCUUUGCGUCUCAUGCUAACAUGCGAUCCUACGAAGAUCUCAUUGCUGAGCAGGAAAUCGGGAAUUACCCUCUAGGUCGGAUGGUUGAUUUGAUCAUGGGAGGCGGACGAUGUCACUUUAUACCAAACUCAGCAGACGGUAGCUGCCGUCGCGAUGAUAAAGAUGUGGUGCGGAUGGCUAAAGCUAAUGGAUUCUCGUACAUUCAUGAUCGGGCGGGAUUCGACAGUCUUCAGAUGGGCAGCAACGUCACUCUACCCUUACUCGGCCUUCUGGCUGCUAAGGACAUUCCCUUCGAAGUGGACCGCAGCCAGAUGACUGAUGUUUACCCUUCUCUUGAAGAGAUGACACGAACAGCCCUAAAGGCCCUGAGUGAAGCUACGAAAGAUAGCGAGAAAGGUUUUUUCAUUAUGAUUGAGGGCUCGAGAAUAGACCAUGGGGGCCAUGGGAAUGACCCUGUCGCUCAAGUCCACGAAGUUCUAGCUUAUGAUAAAGCUUUUUCUGCGGCGCUAGAGUUCCUUAAGACUGAUUCCACCCCUGGUAUUCUUGUUGCCACAUCAGACCACGAGACAGGCGGCUUGUCUAUUGCAAAACAGCUACAUGCUGAUUACCCCGAGUAUCUCUGGUAUCCUGGUGUUCUCGCAAAUGCGAGCCACUCGUCUGAAUAUCUCGGAAAUGCCCUUGAUCAUUAUCUAGCUAAUGAAGGCAAAAACGCUGAUGAUCCAAACCGUCGUAAUUAUAUCCGCAACAAGCUGCUCGGAGACGGGUUGGGCAUUCAUGAUGCGACGGACGCUGAGGUCCAAAAACUCAUGGACGGUGGUGGAGCCUAUGCUUUUGCCGACAUGGUCAGUCGACGGGCCCAGAUUGGCUGGUCGACGCAUGGCCAUUCAGGUGUCGAUGUCAAUAUUUAUGCCUCAUCAGCACACGACGCAAUGCCCCUCGUUGGCAACCAUGAAAAUACCGAGGUCGGCUUAUUUCUCCAGAAAUACCUCUCACUUGAUCUACAUAAUGUCACCAAGCGCCUAAAGGAUACCAAGUCGUCUCCACACGUCAGCGGUGAUGGGAGUGGAAACAUGUACCCCUGGAUGGGCGAGCCGCUGGAUGAUGGUGUUGUCGUCGAUGAACUUGAUAGAUACCAUGGCGAUUUCAAACGAAGGACACGGGGCGAGAGCGCCGAUCAAUUUUUGCUUGAUCAUGAAGAUCUGGAGAGUGAAGGUUGCAGUUGUGGUUCGACGAAGCACUAGACCUUCUUUUCUACUUUCCGUCCUCUCAUUUCCAUCUGUGGUAAACACAUCAUAAAUAUCCUGUCAUCACUCUUGCCGUUUUCUAUUCUACCCCUUGGACUUAAUCCUCAAUCUUGCGCAUUUCGGUGGCGUUUCUAUCUUUAUCUUCUUUCUUCUGCUCCCUGAUCUCGAACGUCUCUCGGCCUUGGCAUUUACUUGUUGUCUUUUGUAUGUUUUCUAUUGUCGUCAAUUUUUCGGAUUUUAAACUUUUAAGAUAUAUUAUAUCCCUUUCCCCAACUUCAAUCCAAAUAGAUUACCCGGUCUAUUUACCUUACAGUGGACUUUUUUUUCGCGCGUUUUCAUAAAGACACCACUUAGAAAACACCUAGGGUGGUAUAAUUGGAAUAUCCAAUCAAUUUUAUCAUUUCGAUACUCCAUAUAGUGUUCGCAUGCCAUCCAUGGGCUAGCUAACUAACUGCCUAUGAUUUCUGGCAA